UUUCUUUAUAUUUAUUUUGAAAAUUUUUAAAAAUUUCCUAUUAUCUUUUAACUUUAUUAAUUAUUUCAUAUCAAAGAAUUUUUUUAUUAAAAACUUUUUCCUACUAGUUCAAUUACUAUUUAUCUAUAAUAUUGCUUUUGGUCUAUUUAAUAUUUUUUUGAAAAAUUUACUAAUUAAUAAGCUUCAAACCUAUAAAAUUUUCUCCAAUACUAAAUCUUUAAAAGGCUCUUCAUCAAAUUCUUCUAACUCCUCCAAUGCCAAUUCAAACAUAAAGGAAAACUUAAAUUCCAACUCAAAAUCAAAACAGUUUCAAUCUUCCUCGAUUUACUCUUCUUCUAUUACUUCUAAAAAAGAGGAUAAUUCAAUUAAUAAUUUGAUAAAUCUCAACUCUUUACACAACAAUUUACAAUCCUCCCUGAUGUCCAAACUAAGUAAUCGCUUGAAUUCUUCAUCUUCAAAUAAUUCUAAUCAAUUUUCAACUAAUCUAAAUCGAUCUCAAGUUGAAAAUAUUCAAAACAAUAAUCAAAUUAAUAAUGAUGAUGAUUCUAAAUUUAAACCAAGUGCAAAGUACUUUUACAUGAUGAAUACCCCUAGUUUAAUCAGAAAAAAUGGCUACUUUUAGUAAAAUCAAUCCAUUUAUAUAUAUAGCAUGA